AUGGAUGAUGAUGAAAGCUUCUUGGACACCAUGGGUUUUGGUUACACACAAACACAACUAGAAAGUCCAAUUGGAGAGCAACCAACCCCAUCAACUCAGCAUCAAGCAACACCAAUAACAGAGAAAGCAAAAUCCAACAAAGGAAAAAAUUGGUCUAGUGAGGAGGACAAUAUUUUGAUAGCAGCAUGGGGAAAUACAAGGUUGGAUAGUGUCGGGACAGAUCAAAAUAGAGAUGCUUAUUGGGAUAGAAUUUCAGAGUACUACAACUCACACAAGAUGUCAUCAUGGUCGGAGCGUAAUGCUAAUGUAAUCAAUUGCCGUUACACAUUGAUUAACAAAGAGACCGCUAGAUUUUGUGGUUGCCUUCAGCAGAUUUUAAAUAGGGAAGAAAGCAGAAGGACUAUAGAAGAAAAGACAAACGAUGCACACAUUAUGUUCAAGGAAAUGGAUCUUAAAAAGAAGAAGCCUUUCACAUUGAUGCAUUGCUAUGUCGAGCUUUCGAAGUAUCCAAAGUGGCAGACAAAAGAACUUGAAACUUCUCGUAAGAAACAAAAGAAGACCGUUGGUGCAAGUCCGGGCACAUCCACCAAUGAUCUAGCUGAUGCAUCCUCGGUACACACUAAUGCUACCUCGAUACACAGGGAUGCUCUUGAACAUGAGCAAAGACCUGAUGGUGUGAAGAAGGACAAAUUGCGGAAAGGUAAAGCUGAUGACAGUGCUUGCAAGUUGUCAUUAGAAACUGUGUGGGCAGCAAAGCAAGAGAAGGAUGACAUCAAAGAGGCGGCAAAAAAUGCUCGCUAUGCACAUCAAUUUGAAUUGCGAAAAGAGGAGAUUGCACUGAAAAAGAAGGAGGAUGCACGAAACGAGAUGGAGGAUGCACGGAGACAGUUUGAAUUAGAUGAGAGGGUCAUGCUCAUAGACACUAGUGGUAUGACUGAUAUGCAAAAGCAGUUCUACCAAGCUAAGCAGAAUGAGAUCCUUGCUCGUCGCCUAGAGUAAGAACUAUUUGAUGCUUUAUCCUAGUUGUUGUAAGAACUAUUUGAUGCUUUAUCCUAGUUGUUGUAAGAA